GAGCACUCGAUCACAGUCCCAGCAUUCAGGCGCAAUGGCGGCGACGACAGCGAUGAACGCGCAACCACCGCAGUCGGUCUUCCCCAAGAGCCACGUUGGCUUCGACAGCAUCACCACCCAGAUCGAGCGCAAGCUGCUCAAGCGCGGCUUUCAGUUCAAUGUAAUUUGCGUUGGCCAGACCGGUCUCGGCAAGAGCACCCUGAUCAACACCAUCUUCGCCUCACACCUCGUGGAUUCCAAGGGUCGCCUCACACCGAACGAUCCCAUCCGUCAAACCACCGAGAUUCACCCCGUUACGCACAUCAUCGAAGAGAACGGCGUCCGCCUACGCCUCAACAUUGUGGACACACCCGGCUACGGCGAUCUCGUCAACAACGACCGCUGCUGGGAUCCCAUUAUCAAGUACAUCAAAGACCAGCACAGCGCUUACCUCCGCAAAGAGCUCACGGCCCAGCGAGAGCGAUACAUUCAAGAUACGAGGAUCCACUGCUGUCUGUACUUCAUUGCUCCAACCGGUCACGCUCUGAAGCCCAUCGAUAUUGUCGUGCUGAAGAAGCUGAGCGAGACGGUCAACGUGGUGCCGGUGAUUGCGAAGGCGGAUAGCUUGACGUUAGAGGAGAGGCAACUCUUCAAGGACCGCAUAAAGGAGGAGUUUGCCUUCCACAACAUUCGCAUGUACCCAUACGAGAACGAGGAGUACGACCACGAGGAAGCGGCCAUGAACGCGCAGAUAAAAUCUAUCAUCCCCUUCGCCGUCGUCGGCUCCGAACACAACAUCAACGUAGCCGGCAAGACCGUCCGCGGCCGCCAGAACCGCUGGGGCACAAUCAAUGUCGAGGACGAGCGGCACUGCGAGUUCGUCUACCUGCGCGACUUCCUCACCCGCACGCACCUGCAGGACUUGAUCGAAACGACGUCCCAGAUCCACUAUGAGAGCUUCCGUGCCAAGCAACUGUUGGCGCUCAAGGAGUCGAGCGCGCAGGUGCAAGGGCAUGGUAGUAGGCCGAUUAGUCCCAGUGCGGAUCGCGAGUUGAGCCGGCAGAGUCAGAGGAUGACUAUGAAUGGAUAUUGAAGUGGUCUAUGCUACGACUCCCGCAUAUAAAUCGAGGCGCCUAUGAUCGGUGUAGUCGUGCUCCCAUGCUGCAGCCAUAUGGCUAUCGAGCGGGGGCGCUGCGAGUCUCGUUCGAUAAGAGAUAAUGAUGGCAUGGCAUUGUUGGACGUCCGCUUGGAACAGCAGGUGCAGUGGGAGCAUGGGCGAAGAAGGGUCAGGCUUUGUGAUACCACUCUAUGCGUUUCUCAUUUCUGUCUCAUGGUUGCACUGAGGGAAAAGCUUGAGCGACGGCGUCAGUACAGCUAUGGUAUUUGUGGUAGCUAGCUACUUCGGGUAGCGAAGAAAGGUCGUCAACAACUGCAUACACACUCCUAAUCAGACCAUGUACAUUAGUAUAUGGUCCAUGAUGGAGAGCGACGGUGGGAACAACAUCGUCGUUGCUUGUCCUU